UCGUAUCAGGAGUUGCGAUGUUCAUUGUCGGUAAAGUGUAUCAAAGAGACGUAUUAAAUUAUCACUAGUGUGCAUCAUAGCGCUUGCUCUUCGUUGCUGCAUCCGAAUCAGAGCAACAAGAAAAAUGCUGCGAACGGAAUCGACGAGCAUCCUAUUUUGUGCCGUUUUAGUUCUAAAUAUCACACUAACAACAUGCCAAGCCACAACUGCCGUUCCUCCCAUAUGCGAGAAUGAGUUGAUAGACGAAAUGCCUCACCGAAUACGGAAAGUCUGUGCCGCCCUGGAAAAUUCAAAUCAGUUUGCUGAGGCACUGAAUGCCUACAUACGAAAGGAAGCCGCGGCUCUCCUUUAUCAAGGUGAGGAUUUACUGGCACCGAGCAGCAAUGGAAAGCGAACAGACGUGGACCACGUGUUUUUACGUUUCGGACGGAGACGCUAAUUUCGAAUUUCAUUUAUUAAUCAUUACGAUUGGUUGAGUGAAUGGUACGGUUCAGUUCAUCUUGAUUACAUAUGAUCGAUUUUUUUGUUUUUAAGUUGUUCACAAUAAUUGGCUGGUGAUGCGUCACUCAAUGCAAUAAUUUUUUAAAUUUGUAAUGCACCACAAUAUAAUAAAUCAAAUUGUGAAUAUUUGGAAAAACAAAUCAUAAAUAAUUAUAGCCGGCCCCCAAUGUGAUUUCGGUUUUAGGAUAUAAAAUUAUUGUAAAUAUGUGAUUCCAUUCCCAAAAGAUGCUAUGAAAGCUACACUUGAAUAAAUAAAUAUAAUAAUAAAUUAAUACUGCAAACG